AUGCCAGACCAUCAAGUACUAAGUAAGGCACAUUCAAAUAUUUCAAAUCUAAGGUUUUGUAAAAAGAUUAAAAACGAAAGAAAGAAAGCAUUAGCAGAUUCGCUUUACAAGAAUGCUACACCAAAAGGUUUAGAUCUUUAUAAAAAUGAUCUUGAUUAG